AUGGAUGGCAUCGGCGCGUAUCAGCUGCACGCAAUCCUUCGCGUGUUCACCACGGUUUCAUCGCGCACCCAGUCAGAGAAACUAGUCGAAAACAACACAGACAGAGUGACUGACUACGAGAAAACUGGUCCACAUCAAGACGGCAAGGACGAGGACGACGACGACGACGACGACGACGAAGGCGGCGAAACUGUUCGCUGCUGCCGGGGACGCCGUGGUCGCGACCGAAUCGGAAGUGCAUUACCGUACGCGUUGUGCUCGUUCGUGUAUGCGCUUCUGAACGAGCUGCAGAUGAACGACUCGACCGAUAUGGUCAAACAAGCCACUACGAAGAUCGAGCCAAACGAUAGGCUUACUCCCACCUAUGAUUCGUUCAAGAAGGAAGCAUGGCAAGGAGCUUCUCAGCUGAAUGGAGGCCAGAUGAUUACUCUCUCUCCACCGGCUGGUGAUCCUGCUGGUACACAGCCUGAACCUACCCAAUCCUCCUCGAGUGCCGGUUCCGAUUUGGCAGCCGGAGAUGCCGAGGGGGUGUGGAGCGUAGACAUUGAUCAGGCGUUCCAAGAAGCCCUAGCCAUCUACCCACCUUGUGGUCGGCGGAAAAUUAUCAUCAGCGAUGAGGGGAAAAUGUACGGACGAAAUGAGCUUAUCGCUCGAUAUAUCAAACUUCGAUGCGGAAAGACGCGAACACGAAAACAGGUCUCAUCGCAUAUUCAGGUGUUAGCACGAAAGAAGCUUCGAGAUGAGCAAGCCAAGAAAAAGGCUGAAUGUCCAGUUCAAACCCCGGCACCUGCUGCAGCACCUCCUCCAAGAGUCCCGCAUACUCCACAAUUUCCAACGCUACCAAACCUGCCACAAGCUCCACAUCUCACCGAUGCCAAAGAACAUCUAGCUCAACAACUACUGGGUAAAGCUUCGCUGCUUCCUGCCACUAUGUAUCAGACGUUAUGGUCACAACCUUUCCCAUCAGCACAUUUUGCGCCGGAUGUCAAACCUUUUGCCAUGGCACCAGACUUCACUUUACCGUUUGCCGCUGCGGUAGUGCCUGCUACAUUGAAGAAGACGGACGGUAUCGCUUCAUCCAAGUUGCGACUAACUGGAUUCCAAGCGUACUUGGAGUCACCUCAUGGAUCGCGAGUUGAUAUCGUGAGCAUUCCACGAGACGUUGUUGAGACCGAGACACUAAAACUGGACACAGUUAUCGAGAAGUAUCCGAAGCUGCUGACCGAGUUAUUCGAACGGGGACCUUCUGAUGCAUUUUUCUUGGCCAAAUGCUGGGCGAACGUCUCCUUCGACUCCUCUGAUACAGAGAACAGUCUCUACGCAGUAGACUCCUACUACAAUUCCCAACAAAAAUUCGACAUCAGCGUCUCGACGAAAGUGUGCUCGUUCGGGAAUCAGGUCGUGGAGAAAGUAGAGGUGUAUUCGCCGGAUGAAGAAAAUGGCCAUUACUCGUUUCGUCUUGAAAAAUCCCCCAUCUGUGAGUACAUGGUGAAAUUCAUCUCAGAGCUGAAAAAAUUGGAAUCCAGGGACUACAUGAAUAACGUGCUCGAGAACUUCACUGUCUUACAGGUGGUCACCAACCAAGCCACAGGCGAAACUCUGAUGGUGAUCGGCUUCGUGUUCGAGCAGCUGAUAUUCACCGCCGCUGGAAAUAUGGAUCCAUCCACUCAAGCAAUGCCAAAUACGAUUCAGACCAACACUCAGAACCAUUCCAUUUCUCUUCUCGUCAAUCAAUAUCUAUUCAUUUCAUGUGGAGGUGCAUACUUAUCUGUGUGCAUUUUGUAA